CGGACAGAGCUAGCUCGUCUCUUGACACGCUCUCUAUUUGGCAUCCAACGCAGUCGGGGUUGAAAGUUUAAACGGUCAACAGCGCGGGUUUUUUCCCCAAAAACAAAAACAAAUAUUCUUCCGAAAAGAAUUUUGGUGAUUUAAUCAAUUAAUUUAAUUAAUUUUGGUGAUUUAAUUCCAGUGAUCGAGUAGUACAAGUCCAGUUUGGUCAGACAUUAAAAACUUCCCGGUAAAGUUUGAAUUUAGAUAUAUUACCUAUAGAACAUAAUUGAAGAACCGUGACGGCAAAUGAUGAAAAGCCGGCAUCAAUUCCGCAGAAGAUUCAGUCUUCAGCCAUCUUCGUCUCUGAAAGAAGAAAAAGAAGACGGACCAACUCGAAGUAUCAGAAAUGAAAGACUGGUAGAGUCAGAAACAGACGAAAAAUCAUCAGAAGCGCCAGCUCGGCACAAAAUUGUGGUGAUGGGAGCGGCUAAAGUCGGGAAAUCAGCAAUAAUAAAUCAAUUUCUGUACAACACAUUCUCACCAAAGUACAAACGCACUGUCGAAGAGAUGCACCGUGGGGAUUUUAAUGUCUCGGGAAUCCAAUUAACUCUUGACAUACUUGAUACUUCGGGUUCCUAUGAUUUUCCGGCGAUGAGAGAAUUGUCAAUAAGGUCUGCGGAUGCCUUUGUCCUCGUCUACGAUGUCAACGACGCCAGUACAUUUGCUGAAGUUGAAGCACUCAGGUCCCAGAUACUUGCCAGUAAAGGAACUGUGCCCAUUGUCGUUGUUGGGAAUAAAGUUGAUUUGGUAAUGGAAAACGACAACGAAACUGAUUGUGACUCAGAGUUCCAGGUAAACACGGAGCGGACAAGAGAAUUAGUCGAGACGGAAUGGGAAAAUGGAUUUGUUGAAGUAUCGGCGAAGGACAACGUUAAUAUCACUCAAGUGUUUAAAGAGUUGUUGGUCCAGGCGAAGGUCAAGUACAAUUUGAGUCCAGCAUUGAGACGCAGAAGACGUCAAUCCUUACCUCCGCCUCAGCAUAAUUCCCGCACCAGCACCGCCCAUGUGCCCUCGCUACAGCAAUUGCAGCACUUGCAACAAAUUCGCGAGCGCUCUGGCGGCAAAAGGAAUUCUUGUGUCCUCUCGUAAAUUAAUUAUUAAUUAAUUAAUUAAUUAAUCAUUUAUUAAUUAAUUAAUCAUUUAUUAUAUAAACAAAAUCAAAUUUAAUUCCCACAAAUUCAUUACUUGUUAUAAUAAACUUUAACAAUUUAUGACCAAAGUGAAGAAAAAGCUUGACAUUUUUUCUUCUGGAGCUUUUUAUAAUCCGCAAAAUUGUCAUAAUAUUUAUGUCGGUGCUACUGAGUGAGAAACUUUUUAUUUUUUUUUUUU